CUGUGCGUGACCUCUGCAGGUCGUGCGGAUGCUGUCAUGGCGGCUCCCUGUGCCCGGCGAGCCUGAUGAGGAUAAACAAGGUGCCGAAAACUAUGGAGAUCUGAGAGUUUCUCCCGGGAAACAGGACCGUGUGAUCUCAGAGUUGCGGUCACGAGCGGCGUGAUGGACAGAUUAGGGUUUCAGUAAAUCCGGCCACAUGUCCGGAGUGACCGUAUCGAUCCGAUCACAGAGACAGCAGUGUCUUCAUUCCAGUUUUUCUGACCGGAAGAGGGGCUACACCUGCAGGUAUGAAUGUGAUGUCAUCAGUAAUUCAGGGGGCGUGGCGACUUGUUCUGGCCCCGCCCCUCGUCUCUCUGGCCCGGGGCCCCGCCCGGCGGCUCACCUGUCCACAGGUCCGACCCUUCUCAUCCAAACGGGUCAAAGGUCACAAGAAGGAUCACGUGAAGAUGGAGAAACGUAAAAUAGAGAAACAGGAAGUGGAGAUCAGGCAGAGGAUGACGGUGGCGGCGCUCGCUGACGCCAUGAAUAAAGAUUUUGAUCACGUGUUGGAGGCUCUGCUGAACACCACGAUGGACCUGGACGCUCUGCAGCCGCACACCGUCCUGGAGGAGAAGUGGAUCAAAGAGGUGGUCACUCGGUCCGGGAUGAAGUUCAAAUGGGCCAAUCUGAGUGAAACCCGAGAGAAACCCAACAGGGACGUCCAGCGCCGACCCCCGGCGGACCCCUCCCUCCUGGUGAGUCGCCCUCCGGUGGUCACCAUCAUGGGGCACGUGGACCACGGUAAGACCACCCUGCUGGACAGCCUGCGGAAGAGCCAGAUCGUGGCGACGGAGGCCGGCGGGAUCACGCAGCACAUCGGAGCCUUUCUGGUCCAGCUGCCCACGGGCGAGAAGAUCACCUUCCUGGACACGCCCGGUCACGCCGCCUUCUCUUCCAUGAGAGCCCGCGGCGCCAAUUCCACCGACAUCGUCAUCCUGGUGGUGGCGGCCGACGACGGCGUCAUGAACCAGACGGUGGAGUCCAUCCAGCACGCCAAGAAAGCCGGGGUGCCGAUCAUCGUGGCGGUGAAUAAGUGUGACAAACCUCAGGCCGACCCUCAGAGGGUCAAGCAGGAGCUGCUGGCUCACGACGUCGUCUGCGAGGAGUUCGGAGGCGACGUUCAGGCCAUCCACGUCUCGGCGCUGAAGGGCGAUAACCUGCUGGCGCUGGCGGAGGCCACCGUCGCGCUGGCGGAGGUCCUGGAGCUGAAGGCGGAGCCGAGCGGGCCGAUGGAGGGACUGGUCAUCGAGAGCCGGACGGACAAAGGCAAAGGCCCUGUGACCACCGCCAUCGUCCAGCGGGGGGCGCUGAAGCGAGGCUGCGUGCUGGUGGCGGGGAAGGUCUGGGCCAAAGUUCGCUUCCUGUUCGACGAAAACGGGAAGGAGGUGAAGGAGGCGGGGCCGAGCGCCGCCGUGCAGGUGGUGGGGUGGAAGGAGCUGCCGCCCGCCGGGGAGACCAUCAUCGAAGUCGAGUCGGAGCAACGGGCGCGAGAGGUCACGACCUGGAGGCGAGAGCAGGAGGAGCAGCAGAAGCUGGAGGAGGAGCAGAGCGCCGUGCAGCUGAAGCAGCAGCACCACCUGGAGGAGUACCGGCGGGAGCGGGCGGAGCUGACCCAUCUGAGCUGGAGGCAGAGGAAGGCGGCGCUGUACCGCGCCAACAAGACGCAGUUCGCCUGCCGGCCCAGCGAGCGGCAGCAGAGCGACGAGGCCAGGCUGCCGCUCGUCAUCAAAGGGGAUGUGGACGGCUCUGUGGAGACACUCAUCAACAUCCUGGACAGUUACGAUGCGCCGCAGCAGUGCGACCUGCAGGUCGUCCACUUCGGCGUGGGAGACAUCUCCGAGAACGACGUCAACAUGGCCGACACCUUCGGAGGAUCCAUCUACGGCUUCAACGUGACGGCGAGCCGGGCGAUCCAGCAGCUGGCGGCGCGGCGCGGCGUCCCCCUGCGCCUCCACAACGUCAUCUACAAACUGAUCGACCAGCUGAAGGACGACCUCAGCGCCAAGCUGCCGCCGCUCGCCCAGCAGACCGUGGUCGGCGAGGCGGCCGUGCUCGCGGUUUUCGACGUGUCUGUCGGGAAGAAGAAGGUCCCCGUCGCCGGCUGCCGCGUCCAGAAGGGUCAGCUGGACCGCAAGCUCCGCUUCAGGCUGACCCGGGGUCAGGAGGUCCUGUGGGAGGGUUCCCUGGUGGCGUUGAAGCAUCACAAAGACGAGGUGCAGACGGUGCGUACGGGGAUGGAGUGCGGACUCUCUUUGGACGGCGAGGUGGAGUUCAACGCCGGGGAUGUAAUUGUGUGUUUCGAAGAGCAUGAAGUGCCGCAGGUCACUGCGUGGGACCCCGGAUUCUGAUGUUCCAUCAUGCUUUACAGUAGAACGAAUACAAAGACACGGGACAUUUGCUUCAGAUGUUUAUUGAAAAAAGAAAAAUAAUUAUAUGGUGGAAGGUGUUGCACUCUGAU